CUCACAUUUCUGAACCGAUCUCAACAGCAGCACACGUACCAGUUGCCGGGUGAUACAGGCGAGACGGCGGCGAUCGAAUGUAGAAGAAGAGAAUCGAGGUGCCUCGGACGAGGUGACAGUGGAGAGUGAUGGCCGGAAGUUUUUCUUCUUCAAUUGAGAAGCCUGAAUUUCCAUCAAAUCUUAAUAUCCUUGCCAUUGAUACUGACCUCAAAGUUCUUGAAUUCAUUGAGAAAUCAUGCAACGAGAAUUCUCAUCAAGUUAAGAUAUGCUCUGAAUCUUCAAGUGCGGUCGAUCUUUUGCUGAAGAAAGAAAUAGACUUUCAUUUGAUUUUCAUGGAACUCCAUAUGCCAAUGAUGGAUGGCUAUGAAUUUCUGCGUUUUCUUGAUAAAGAAGUAAUUGAUGUUGCUUUCGUCAUGAUGUCUGAGGAUGAUACUGACCUAUCCCAUAAGAAGGCUUUUAAACUUGGAGCUUGCGAUUAUUGGGUUAAACCCUUCUUAGAGUAUGCGUUUUUGUUCGAGAGGAGGCAUUUGUGUUCACCUAUGAUGCAACAUCAUUUCCACUUCAGGCGCAUAAGGAAAAAUAUUGAUAGCUUGGAAGAUGAUGAAAUAAGUGAGACAAGUUAUAGUUCUGAAUUCUCUUCUGAGGAAGAAGCCGAAGCCGAUGAUGAUACUCUCCAUAAGAAAGAAUAACCUAGUAUGAUUAACUGACUACUGCAAAAUACAUACUUAAGAAGUCAAAAAG